GUCAAACUUUCCCUCAUGCAGUCAUCGCAGGCUGCUCCAAUAAUGCCUUCUACAGCCAUCGCCUCAGGGGCUGCAACUUGGAACUUGGCUUUGAUGAGCUUCCAAGAGGCCGGCAGCUUGUUUGUAGCCAGAAACGGACAUUUGUGACGUGAUUACACGCGCUUUGGAGUCCAAGGGCAAUUACGCGCCUGUAUUGUCGAUAUCUCAGUCUGUCCCCAACGACCAUGACCUCUCGCUAUCUGACCGCGCUCAGACGUUUAGAGACACGCUAUGAGACCCUCAUAGCCAAGCUGGAGCGUCUCAACAAGAGAUACUCCGACUCACACGAAGAGGACAGCAAGGAACUACUGGGCAUAAUGUCCGCCGCCUGCAAGAAUGCUCGGGACGCAGCCAGAGACCCUGGCGCGUCGGGCAUCCUUCAGGAUCUAUUACAAAGAACUAACGCGCUGCUCGACGAGGCGAUCGACACGGCGUACGACUUCAGAUGGGACUUCUUCGACUUCCUGCCUUCGUACGCCCACACCGAUGAUGGCUCGGCUCCUUUGGUCGAGGACCCUGCGCACGAUGAGAACCUCUUCAUGUCGAUCGGCGACUCAUUCUUCAAAAUCUACAAAGCCCAUGUCAUGCUCAGGCAGCCACCAGGUGCGCCUCCUCCCGUAGACGACUUCCCCAGGCCUGCAGCCUUCAACAAGACACCCAAGCCGCACAACAACACCAGCCCGCUUGCGCGCUUCAGAUCGGACAAUGUUAUCCCUCCGAUCCCCUCAUCCGCCGCGGUGGCGCAAGCUGUGUACUACGGAUGCUGCUCCAUUAGCAGCGAAGAUAGAUUGCCUCCUCCAGUUGGCAUCAUUACUGCCCCGAAUUCGGACGUCCUCUUGAUGUCUGGUCACACUGGCUAUAAAGAGGCUGAGGCCUUCGUCGACUACUACGACCUGUCCACCGCGCCGGACGGGAAGGGUAUGCCAGAGGGCAAAUUCAUCAAGAAGAUUGGUCUGAACGACAUUGCUUACCACACCGCGAUUGACACGGAGCACAAGCUCUUGUGGGCGGCGGACAGGGAUCGCGUGAAGAGCUUCAGCUACGACGCUCACAACCUACUUCUACCCGUCCAUACCCUUCGCUGCGAGCGCUCAGGCCCCCUCGCGGUGCUCAAUGGCGGAGCACGUGUCUUACGGGGCGGCAAAGACGGUGUCGACGUAUGGAAUAUCGAGCAAUUGCCGACGCAUGGCCCAGAUGGCUCGAAUCGCAUUGGGGAGGGUAAGGAGACGUUGCACGACAUCUGGCGCGAUAUAGACGGUACGGCCUACAUCGAACCCUCGACUGGUGCACCUCGGACGUCCUCGAUCGACUUUACUGGUACGAUUGACCAGUGGCACCUUCCUUCGUGGAGCACGGGCGGCACGCUCAAAGCGCUGAUUGCUGCCGAGAGUAACCAGUCGACGGUACUGGCGCGCGACUUGCGUGAUGGAGGGAAAAUUACGAUGCGCUACCUGGGUCACGGCGGGACAAUCAAUAACAUAACAUCCAGCGACGACGACCCCAACUCGUUCCUCACCGCUGCGAACGACGGCUUCGUUCGGCUGUUCGACGUGCGCGAGCCUACGCCACAGAUGACCGUCGACGCUGGCGAGCGCUCUGAGCAUUGCUUCUCUGCUCUAUAUGUCCAUGUAAACGGUAUUCCUGUCAUCUUCACCGGCGGCGCCAACAAGACUCAAUGCAUCCGAGUCUGGGACCCGCGCGCUAAGAAGCUCGUCUACGAACUCGCUACGGGAAACAACUCCGUCCAGAGCCUCGCCUGGGACGCGCCGCGCUCCACGCUUUACGCAGCAACGGAAUGCAACGCUCUCGACCGCGCGGGCAUCCGACAUGGCUACGGCAGAUUGCGCAUGCCUGACGGCGAUGACAGCAUCCACGACGAGCGAGGCAAGCCGGCUGAGGAGCCUCCAAAGAAGAGGGCGAGGAUAGAUGCGGGCGGUGGGGAGGACGAGUACGACGAGGAAAGGGGGUGGCCCAAAGGGGCUUACCACGAUGAGAAGUAUUUUGGGUAUGCUUGGGAUUGUGGGGAUCAUCGGCUGGUUCGCUACAAGUUCGGCCUUGACGCUGACUCGACCGUCGUUCCCGAGUACGGCGAUGCCCGUCCGGGAGAGGGAAAACGCUGGUAGACUCACCGCUACUGCCUGUAUCGUCUCAGAGCUGAACCUCAUCCUUGACAUCUGAUCUCUAUACAUGAGGCUCGGAAGAGCGACAGGUCAUAUUGGCC